AAGAGAGCGAGAGAGAGCGAGAGAGAGAGAGAGAGAGGGAGAGAGGCUCCCUGCUGGUGGCAGAUGGAGUAGCGGAGCAGAGAGAAGUACACGUAUUACCAUGCUGAGAUUUGGAAUACACAAACUACAUGCAAAACCUCCCAAUCUGCGAGAUUUGUGAAAGCAGAGGUGGUUCUGUGAAGAUCACGGUACGAUAAUGGAGAAGCAUUUGCUUCCGCUGCUUGUGCUGCUCCUGCAGCUUUUCUGUGGCUAUGCAGAGAACCAAAGGAUGGUGAGGGCUGCCUCCAUGCAAUUCACGCACUCUGUUUACAAUGCCACCAUAUAUGAGAACUCCGCUGCUAAGACUUACUUGGAGAGCCACACCAAGAUGGGAAUCUAUAUCACAGACCCUACAUGGGAGAUACGGUACAAAAUCAUCUCUGGAGAUAAUGAGAACUUGUUCAAAGCGGAGGAGUACCUGCUGGGAGAUUUCAAUUUUUUGCGAAUAAGGACCAAAGGAGGCAGCACUGCCAUUCUGAACAGGGAGGUUAAGGACCACUACAUACUGACCGUCAAAGCCUCGGAAAGGAGCACCAACUUUGAGUGUCGCACCAGAGUUAAGGUGCAGGUAUUGGACACGAACGAUCUGAGGCCUCUCUUUUCGCCAACGUCCUACAGCAUCUCUCUGCCAGAGAACACGGCCAUCCGCAGCAGUGUGGCCAAGGUAACGGCGACUGACGCAGACAUCGGUACGAAUGGAGAGUACUACUAUAGUUUCCGAGAGUGGACGGACAUGUUUGCGGUUCAUCCGACAAGCGGUGUGGUGACACUGACCGGCAAGCUGGACUUCUCUGAGACGAAGCUGUACGAGUUGGAGAUUCUGGCGGUGGACAGGGGAAUGAAGCUGUACGGCAGCAGUGGUUUCAGUAGCAUGGCCAAACUCACAGUGAGGGUGGAGCAGGCCAAUGAGCAUGCCCCCGUGAUCACUGCAGUGACCCUUGCCCCUUCUGAUGUCGACCACGAUCCCACCUACGCCAUCGUCACGGUCGAGGACAACGAUCAGGGACCAAAUGGAGAAAUAGCCUCAUUGAGUAUUGUAGCCGGUGACCCUCUUCAGCAGUUCAAGGCUGUCAGAAUCAGUCCCGGGAGCAAGGAAUAUAAAAUUAAAGCAGUCAAAGUUGUAGACUGGGAUAGCCAGCCUUACGGAUACAAUCUCACUCUGCAGGCAAAGGACAAAGGCAGCCCCCCUCAAUUUUCAUCUGCUAAAUUGGUACAUGUCACUUCUGCUCAGUUCAAAGUGGGUCCUCCUGUUUUUGAAAAGGCCGUUUACAGAGUCAACCUGAGUGAAUUUGCCCCGCUUCACACACCUGUCACUAUGGUAACAGCUGUGCCAAAGUAUCCUCAGCUAAAGUAUGCUUUUAAACACAAAUCUGACAAGAACAGGUUCGCCAUAAAUCCAGAUACUGGCUUAAUCAGCACCACAGGACCGAUCAAUGCUGAUACUUCCUCACAAUUUGAGCUCGAUGUGAUCACCAGCGACAAAAAAGCAGCCACAAAAGUGAUCGUUGGCGUGAUUGAUGUGAACAACAAUGCCCCUGAGUUCCAGCAGACAUCUUACAAGGCCAGCGUUGAUGAGAAUGUACCCAUAGGGACCAGUGUGUUAACAGUGAAAGCCACUGAUCUAGACAGAGGGGAGAACGGCUACGUCACCUACAGCAUUACCAAUCUCAACCCUCAGCCGUUUGUUAUUGAUUAUUUUUCCGGGGUGAUCAGUACCUCAGAAGUCCUAGAUUACGAGCUCAUGCCCAGGAUUUACAAUCUUAAAGUCCGGGCAUCAGAUUGGGGAUCCCCUUUCCGGAGAGAGGUAGAGGCAUCAGUCACCAUAACAUUAAAUAACCUGAAUGACAAUAAGCCUUUGUUUGAAAAUGUGGACUGCGAAGUGACUGUGCCCAGAGAUCACGGUGUGGGAGAGCAGAUAACAACGGCGUCUGCCAUAGAUGCUGAUGAACUGCAGCUUGUACGGUACAAUAUUAAAGCUGGAAACGAUCUGGAUCUGUUUGAACUGAACCCAAACUCUGGCAUGCUGUCGCUGAAGCACACACUGAGUGAGGGAGAGGCAGCUAAAGUGUCCUUUCAUAGUUUACAAAUCGUGGCAACUGACGGCGAACAUGAGACUUGGCCAAUGUUCAUGAACAUAACUGUCAUCACGGCCCGCAAGCCCGUCCAGUUGAAAUGUGUGGAGACUGGUGUCGCUACCAUGUUGGCUGAAAAGCUUCUGCAGGGCAGCAAAAUCCACACGCAAGCUGAGCAGGAUGACAACUUUAUGGACAUUCACUCCGUCAACCGGUACACUCCUCAGUUUGCAGAGUCUUUCCCCAGUGUGAUUGAAGUCAAAGAAGACCUCACUGUCGGGGCCCGCAUUGUUCAUUUAAGUGCCACUGACUCAGACAGUGGCUUUAAUGGAAAGCUAGUGUAUGUUAUUUCGGGUGGAGAUACGGAAAGCCGUUUUAUAGUUGAUAUGGAAACUGGCUGGCUUUUGGUUUAUUCCCCUCUCGACAGAGAAACAACGGACCACUACACUCUCAAUGUGACAGUUUAUGAUCUUGGGAUACCGCAGAAGUCGUCAUCGCGCCUCUUGGAUGUUAAAAUCUUAGACGCCAAUGACAACAGCCCCCAGUUUUUACAAGAUUCGUACACAGUUGAAAUAAGCGAAAGCACACCUGUUGGGACUGAAAUUAUCCAGGUGGAUUCGACAGACAAGGAUAAAGGUGACAAUGGAGUCGUUAGGUAUUCAAUCUUUGGAGGCACAAACCAUUUCGCGAUCAAUGAGGUUACUGGCGUUGUGACUGUGACAAAGCCCUUGGAUCGUGAGAUACAUCCAUUUUAUGUGUUGAAGAUUGCUGCACGUGACCAGGCAACAAAUGACCCUCAAUUAGUGUCCACGGUGCCACUUAAAAUCACCCUGGAAGAUGUGAACGAUAAUCCACCAAAGUUUGUUCCCCCCAAUUAUCGAGUGAAGGUGAGGGAGGACCUUCCCAUCGGUACUGUGAUUAUGUGGCUGGAGGCUCACGACCCUGACCUCGGACCUUCCAGUCAGGUACGAUACAGCCUCAUCGAUAAUGGCGACGGGAAUUUCGAAGUGGACAAACUCAGCGGUGCUCUGCGUAUCGUGCAGAAUCUCGAUUAUGAAACAAAACAGGUGUACAACUUGACAGCGAAAGCUAAAGACAAAGGAAAACCCAUCUCUCUGUCGUCGACCUGUUUCAUCGAGGUGGACGUGGUGGAUGUUAAUGAGAACCUCUACAGGCCGCUCUUCCGAUCAUUUGUGGGAAAGGGAUUUAUAAAAGAGGACGUGCUUGUUGGGACUUCAGUGAUGACUGUCACAGCUGAAGAUGAAGAUCAAGGACGGGAUGGAGAGAUUCGAUACUCCAUCCGAGACGGGUCUGGGCUGGGAAUAUUCUCCAUAGACGAGGAAACAGGUGUGAUACGAACACAGGAGCUGCUGGAUCACGAGACGACGCCUCACUACUGGCUCACCGUCUACGCCAUGGAUCGCGGCGUGGUGCCGCUCUCCGCCUUCAUCGAGGUCUACAUCGAAGUGCAGGACGUCAACGACAACGCGCCCCAGACCUCGGAGCCCGUCUACUACCCCUCCGUCAUGGAGAACUCCCCGAAAGACGUGUCCAUCAUCCAGAUAAACGCCGUCGAUCCGGACGCCAAGGCCAGCGAUAAACUCACCUACAGGAUCACCAGCGGCAAUCCCCAGGGCUUCUUCGCCAUUAACGCCAAGACAGGUCUGGUUACGACCACUUCGAGGAGACUCGACAGAGAGCAGCAGGACGAGCACAUUCUUGAGAUCACCAUCACUGACCAAGGCGUUCCUCCCAAAUCCACCACGGUCCGCGUCAUCGUCCAGGUCCUGGACGAGAACGACAACCGGCCGCUGUUCCUGGAGAAGAUCUACAAGAUCCAGCUCCCGGAGCGCGAGAGGCCAGAGAGGGAGCGGGCGGCCAAGAGAGACCCGGUGUAUCGCGUGAUCGCAUCGGACCGCGACGAGGGACCCAAUGCCGAGAUCUCCUACAGCAUCGAGGAGGGAGACGAGCAGGGGAAGUUCUUCAUCGAGCCCAAGACAGGCCUGGUGUCGUCCAAGAAGUUCUCCUCCGCGGGAGAAUACGACAUCUUGACUAUAAAAGCCGUCGACAACGGACGCCCCCAGAAAUCCUCCACCUGCCGCCUCCACAUCGAGUGGAUCAACAAGCCGGAAGUGCCGACCGACGCGGCGCCGCUGCUCUUCGAGGAGUCCCCCUUCGCCUUCUCGGUGAUGGAGAGCGACCCGGUGGCGCACAUGGUGGGCGUCGUCGCCACCGAGUCCUCGGACGUCCCCGUGUGGUUUGAAAUCACAGACGGCAUAGAGGAUUCUGAGAUGUUUUACAUCCUUCAGAUGGCUUGUGACCACAACUGUACAGCAGAAGGUGGAAAUUAUGACAGCCGUUUUGACGUGGGCAAGGCCAGCGGAACCUUGAUCGUGGCGCGGCCCCUGAACGCCGAGCAGAAAUCAAAUUACAACCUGACGGUGGAGGCAACAGACGGGACGCGAACUGUCAGCACCCAGGUGCUGAUCAGAGUCAUCGACACCAACAACCACCGGCCGCAGUUCUCCCAGCAAGUGUACAUGGUGAACGUCCCCGAGGACAAACCGGCGGGGUCCGAGGUCCUGCAGAUCAACGCGGUGGACAGGGACGAGAAGAACAAGCUGACCUUCACGCUCCUGAGCAGCACGGAUCCCUUCAGCCUCAGGAAGUUCCGUCUGGACCCCGGAACCGGCAUCCUCUACACCACGGAGCGGCUGGAUCACGAGACGAUGCACCGCCACGUCCUCACUGUCAUGGUUCGAGACCAGGACAUUCCAGUGAAGAGGAACCUUGUGCGUGUUAUUGUGGAUGUGGAUGACACCAAUGACAACGCGCCCUGGUUCAUAGGCACGCCGUACUCCGGCCGCGUGUUCGAGUCCGCCGCGAUCGGCUCUGCUGUUCUUCAAGUGACGGCUCUGGACAAGGACAAGGGCUCCAACGCAGAGGUCAUCUACAGCAUUGAAUCAGGGAAUGUGGCUAACUCAUUUGCUAUUGAACCCGUUCUUGGAACCAUAACAGUCGCUAAAGAACUCGAUCGCAGCGGCAAGACCAUGUUUGAACUCAUCGUAAAGGCUUCAGAUAAUGGAAUCCCUCCACUGUCAGCAACGACCACCGUGCACAUCGUAGUAACAGUUUCUGACAAUGCCGCCCCCAGAUUCACAGAAAAGGAGUUUUCUGCAGAAGUCAGUGAAUCGGUGCUUCCAGGAAGCUUCGUCAGCCUGGUCACCGCCAUCAGCCAGUCCUCCGUUUUCUAUCAGAUUAAAAGUGGCAACAUCGGCAAUGUCUUUGACAUAAACCCAAAUUCAGGCGUGGUCGUGACACAGCAAGCGUUAGAUUAUGAGACCACCCCGCAGUACAGGCUGAUCAUACAGGGCACGAACAUGGCUGGACUCGCCAGUAACGCAACGCUCCUGAUCCAUCUGAAGGAUGAAAAUGACAACGCUCCCGUCUUCACCCAGAGGGAGUUCAAAGGCGUAAUCAGCGAGUCGGCCCCCAUCAACAGUAUUGUCCUGACCCACGGAAACACUCCUUUUGUCAUCCGUGCCUCUGAUGCCGACUGCGACCAGAACGCCAUGCUCAUUUAUCAAAUUGUGGAACCUUUUGCUCAUAACUAUUUUGCCAUUGACUCGAGCACGGGCGCCAUCAGAGUCACAACGGCACUGGAUUACGAACAAAGAAAGGUUUUCCGCUUCACGGUGCAGGUCCAUGAUCUUGGAAUGCCACGGCUGUUUGCAGAGACGCCGGCCAAUGUGACCAUAGAGGUAAUUGAUGUUAACGACUGCUCGCCAGCUUUCAGCCAGGAACUUUAUGAGACAACUGUCAUUGUACCAACGUACAAAGGCGUAGAAGUCAUUCAAGUCAAUGCCACGGAUGCUGACUCCGGUCCCAAUGCCAAACUGCUUUUCUCCAUCUCCGAAGGAAAUAUCGGGGAUAAAUUUAAAAUGGAUCCAAUCACAGGCAUCAUCUCAAUUCAGAAUAUCACUCAGCUCAGGAGCAGGUACGAAUUAAAGGCAAGGGUUUCGGACGGCAGGUUUGCCAGCGUGGCAACAGUGAAGAUCAACGUGAGGGAAAACAAAGAGAGCAAGCUGAAGUUCACUCAGGAGUCCUACAAGGCCUACGUUCAAGAAAACUCAUCUGAGAAGAAGACUUUAGCAGUCAUCGCUGUUGUCGGGAACCAGGUGAACGAACCUCUGUUCUAUAAGAUUCUGAACCCUGACAGUAGGUUCCAAAUCAGCCGCACGUCUGGAGUCGUCUCGACCACUGGAAUCCCGUUUGACCGUGAAGUGCAGGACAGAUACGAUAUUGUUGUUGAGGUCACCAGAGAAGACAGAUCAGAUGACGGAGCUCACGUUGUGGUGACUGUUCAGGUGGAGGAUGUAAACGACAAUAAGCCCAUGUUUGUGAACCUGCCCUACCACGCUCUCAUUCAAAUGGAUGCGGAGGAAGGCCAGGCGAUCCGGCAAGUCACCGCUGUGGACAGAGACGUCGGGGCAAAUGCAGACAUACGCUAUCACCUACAGGAACAUCAGGAGCACUUCCAAAUAAGCCCUGCUGGUGAAAUCUCACUGAGAAGGAAGUUUGAGAUGGAUUCGCUUAACUCCGACUUUGUCAUUGUUGUAAUAGCAAGGGAUAAUGGGGAACCGGCUCUCUCAGCUGAAGUAGAAGUACCGGUGAGAGUGGUGAACAAAGCCAUGCCUGUGUUUGAGAAGCCUUUUUACAGCACCGAAAUCCCUGAAAACAUUCAAUUACACUCCCCCGUGCUUCAUGUGCAGGCCAGUGACUCUGAAGGCCCUCGUAUUGUGUACACCAUCUCUGAGGGGGAUCCUUUCAAACAGUUCUCAAUCGAUUUCAACACAGGUGUGAUUCAUGUGAUUCAACCGCUGGACUUUGAGACACACCCUGCCUACAAAUUAAAUGUGAGAGCCACAGACUCUCUGACCGGAGCGCACUCUGAGGUGUUUGUCGAUAUUAUACUGGAAGACGUGAAUGACAACGCUCCCAUGUUUCUGUCAACGGCCUACCACGCUAAUAUUUCGGAAGCCUCUGUCAUCGGCACGUCCGUUCUGCAGGUUGGUGCCAAAGAUUCUGACACCGGUAACAACCAGGAAGUCUUCUUUCAGUUGGUGGAGGAGAGAGGGAUGAGUUCAGAUUAUUUCAGCAUCGAUCGGGACACAGGAAUCAUUUCCACCGCCCAGCUGCUUGACUACGAGGAGAUCUGGCAACACAAGCUGCGAGUCCGCGUUGUGGACGGAGGCGUCCCGGCGCUCUCCAGCGACGUCACCGUGACAGUGGACGUCACUGACCUGAACGACAAUGCUCCCGUCUUUACCGAACACACUUACAGAAGUACCAUCAGCGAGUUGGCUCCACGCGGUCACUUCAUCACCCAAAUCCAGGCGUCUGACGCUGACAGUUCAGACAUGAACAAGCUGGAGUUCUCAAUUAUCUCUGGAAAUGAAGAUCAGAACUUUGCCAUCAACAAACAAACCGGCGCGAUUGUGAUUUCCAACCACCGCCGGCCACACAUGCUGCCUCUUUACAGUCUCAAUGUUUCAGUUACAGACGGCGUGUUCAGAAGCUCAGCCCUCGUCAUUGUAACAGUCACUGGUGCCAAUUUCCACAACCCAACCUUUUCUCAAGAGGACUAUUUAUUGGAGCUUGUCGAAAACUCUCCGGCUGGUACUUUGGUGGGGGAAGCAAAGGCUGUCGAUGAUGAUGAAGGCAUCUAUGGGCAGAUCACAUACCAAAUCAUCAACGACUUUGCAAAAGAUAAGUUCUCCAUCAAUGAAAAUGGUGAGAUUUUCACUCUAGAAAGCCUCGAUCGUGAAAAUCCAGCUGAGAAAGUGAUUCCUAUUUCCCUUGUAGCUAAAGAUGGCGGUGGGAAAGUUGGCUUUUGCAUUGUAAACGUCAUUGUCACAGACGCUAACGACAAUGCCCCACAGUUCAAAGCAGUUGAAUACAAAGCCACGAUUGCGUCGGAUGUCCCCAGAGGAACCUCUGUGGUUAAAGUUGGAGCUUCCGACAUGGAUGAAGGAAGCAAUGCUGACAUCGAGUAUUCACUUGAAGCAGAUGUUGAAAAUGUAGAAGAGAACUUUGAAAUCCACCCAACAUCCGGAGUCAUUGUGACCAAAGAAAGCCUCAUUGGGCUGGAAAAUGAGCUUUAUGCGUUCUUCGUCAGGGCCAAAGAUACUGGGAAUCCGCCCCAACAGUCAGUUGUACAAGUUCACAUCCGUAUUGUUGCACCAGAGAUGCCCAUUCCCAAAUUCGCAGAGCCACAUUAUCGUUACACCAUUGCUGAAGACCUUCCCAUCGGCACAGAGAUCGACGUGAUUCAGGCUGAGAGCGAGCAGCCCGUUGUUUACAGCAUUGUGAAGGGAAACACUCCCGAGAGCAACGAAGAUGAAGUGUUUGUCGUAGAUAAAGAAAGCGGUACGUUGAAACUCCAGAAGAGCCUCAACCAUGAGAUGACCAAAUGGUACCAGCUCACCUUGUUGGCCCAAUCCAAACAAGAAAACUACGAGAUAGUCGCAUCUGUGAAUAUAAACAUCCAGGUGAAAGAUGUGAAUGACAACAAGCCGGUCUUUGAGUCAGACCCUUACGAAGCUGUCGUCGUGGAGAAUCUUCCAACUGGGACUCAGGUUAUUCAAGUCAAAGCCAACGACCAUGAUUUUGGAACCAACGGCCAUGUUGUUUACAGCCUGGACCCCAAACAGGACUCCGCGGACAUCCCCGAGCUGUUUGCCGUGAACAGUGAAACCGGCUGGGUGACCACCCUGAAAGAGCUGGACCGCGAGAAGGUGGACAGAUACUCGAUCAAAGUUCUAGCCACAGACCAAGGCGACAAAGUCCAGCACGCCACCGCCACCAGGGUGGAGGUGACGGUGGCCGACGUGAACGACAACCCGCCGCGCUUCACGGCGGAGAUCUACAAAGGCACGGUCAGUGAAGACGACCCUCCCAGCGGGGUGAUCGCCAUCCUCAGCACCACCGACGAAGACUCGGAGGACAUUAAUAAACAAGUCAACUACUUCAUAACAGGAGGCGACCCACUUGGCCAGUUCGCCAUUGAGCACAUUCAGAAUGAGUGGAAGGUCUCAGUCAGGAAGUCCUUGGACCGCGAGGAGAAGGACAACUACCUCCUCAACAUCACCGCCAGCGACGGCAUCUUCACAGCCAAAGCUGUGGUGGAGGUCAAAGUGCUCGACGCCAACGACAACAGUCCAGUGUGUGAAAAGUCUGUGUACAGUGAGAGCGUCCCGGAGGACUCCCCGGCCGGGAGGCUCAUCCUGCAGGUUUCUGCCUCUGAUGCCGACAUCCGCUCAAACGCCCAAAUCUCUUACGAGCUCCAGGGAGUUGGAUCCGAACUGUUCAUUAUUGACUCAGACACAGGGGAGCUGAAGACCUCGCAGCCUCUGGACCGGGAGGAGCAGGAGGAGCACGUGUUCAGAGUGAGGGCCGUGGAUGGAGGCGGGCGCUACUGCGAGUCCGACAUUCGCAUCACGGUGGAGGACGUCAACGACAACCCGCCGCAGUUCUCGUCCGAUCCCUACACCAUCACCGUCUUUGAGAACACCGAGAUGGGCACUCUGGUGGCAAAACUGCAGGCUAAUGAUGUCGAUACCGGUCUAAAUGGCAACAUCCUGUACUCGCUGGUCGACUCUGCCGACGGCUUCUUCUCCGUGGACGAGCAGACCGGAGUGGUCAGCCUGGAGCGAGCGCUGGACCGCGAGGUGCAGGCGGUGUACGAGCUGCGGGCGCGGGCCAGCGACCAGGGCUCGCCGCGCCUGUCCUCGCUCUGCCAGGUGGUGGUCUCCGUCCUGGACAUCAAUGACAACCCGCCGGUGUUCGAGCACCGCGAAUACACGGCGACGCUGUCGGAGGACGUGGCCGUGGGGACCCAGGUGGUCAGGGUGCAGGCGGCCAGCCGGGACGCCGACGCCAACGGGGAGAUUUCCUACAGCAUCGUCAGCGGGAACGAGCACGGCAUGUUCAGCGUCGACCCGCGCACCGGUGACAUCUUUGUGAUUGAGCCGUUGGACUACGAGGCCUCCCAUGAAUACUACAUCACCAUCGAGGCCACAGAUGGCGGCUCGCCGCCGCUCAGCGACAUGGCGACUGUGAACAUCAACCUGACUGAUGUCAACGACAACAGGCCGGUCUUCAGCCAGGACGUGUACACGGCCGUCGUCAGCGAGGAUGCCGAGCUGGGGAAGACCGUGUUGGCGGUGGUGGCGGAGGAUUUGGACGGGCCCUCCUAUGACCACGUGCGGUACUCCAUCGUGGACGGGAACCAGGGCAGCCCCUUCACCAUCGACCCGGUCCGAGGAGAGCUUAAAGUGGCCCACCAGCUGGACAGAGAGAGGACAUCUGGGUACACUCUGACGGUCGUGGCCGCCGACAAUGGGGUGCCCCCGCUCUCCAGCAGCACCGUGAUCAACAUCGACAUCUCGGACAUCAAUGAUAACCCGCCACUUUUCUCCCAGGCCAACUACAGCCUCAUCAUUCAGGAGAAUCGACCGCAGGGCACCAGCGUCCUUCAGCUCACCGUGACCGACCGCGACGCCUCGCACAACGGGCCGCCUUUCACGUUCGCCAUCGUGGACGGGAACGAGGGCGACGCCUUCCGCAUCAACCUGCAGGGAGCUCUGGUGGCGGCGGGGCCGCUGAGUAGGAAAAAUAAAGAACACUACCUGCUUCAAGCACAGGUGUCGGACAGCGGCAAGCCUCAGCUCUUCUCCACCGCCUUCAUCAGCGUGCGCGUGAUCGAGGAGAGCGUUUACCCUCCGGCUGUCCUUCCCCUUGACAUCUUUGUGUCCACGGCUGGCGACGAAUACCCCGGAGGCGUGCUGGGAAAGAUCCACGCCACCGACCAAGACGUCUACGACACCCUGACCUACAGCCUCGCCCCGUCCUCCUCCUCCUCGGACGACAUCGCCGCCUUGUUUUCGGUCUCGGCCUCCGACGGAAAAGUGAUCGCCCUGCGGCCGCUGGACGUGGGCCACUACCCUCUGAACGUGACCGUGACGGACGGGCGCUUCACCACGCCCGCUGACGUCACCGUGCACGUGCGACAGGUGGCCCGCCAGGCGCUGGACAACUCCAUCGCCGUGCGCUUCGCCAACAUCGCCCCCGAGGAGUUCGUCGGGGACUACUGGCGCAACUUCCAGCGGGCGCUGAGGAACAUCGCGGGUGUGAGGAGGAGCGAGGUGCAGCUGGUCAGCCUGCAGCCGUCAGAGCACGGAGACCUGGAUGUCCUGCUGACUCUGGAGAGAUCGGGCAGCCCCUAUCAGUCACAGGAGGUCGUCUUCCGGAAGCUGAACUCCUCCGCCGCCGUGAUCGAGGAGAUGACGGGCGUCCGCAUCGUGCGCGUGGUGCAGAAGCUGUGCGCCGGCCUGGACUGCCCGCUGCACUUCUGUGACGAGGCGGUCUCCCUGGUGAAGAACAGCAUGUCCAGCUACAGCACGGCCCGCCUCAGCUUCGUCACGCCGCGGCACCAGCGGACCGCCACCUGCCAGUGUGAAGGAGGCAGGUGUCCUGUGCUGAACAACCUGUGUGAGAGCAGUCCCUGUCCGGAGGGCAUGGACUGCGUGGCGGAUCCUCGGGAUUCUGUCUACAGCUGCGUGUGUCCUGAAGGCAAGAAGGGAAAAUGUUCCGACGGCCAGUCCCUGACGUUCAGCGGAAGCGGCUAUGUGAAGUACCACCUGAUGGAGAACGAGAACAAAGAGCUGAUGAAGCUCUCUCUGAGACUCAGGACCUUCUCCAGCCACGCCACCGUCAUGUACGCCAAAGGGACCGACUACAGCAUCCUGGAGAUUGUGAACGGCCGCCUGCAGUACAAGUUCGACUGCGGCAGCGGCUCGGGGCUGGUGUCGGUCCACAGCGCUCAGGUCAACGACGGCGAGUGGCACUCCGUCCUGCUGGAGGUGGACGGAAACUACGCCAAGCUGGUGCUGGACCGGGUGCACGCCGCCUCGGGCACGGCGCCGGGCACGCUGCGCACCCUCAACCUCGACAACAGCAUCUACUUCGGCGGUCACGCCCGGCAGCACGCCUCGGCCCGCCACGGCCGCAGCCUGCCCACCACCAGCGGCCUGCGCGGCUGCAUGGAGGCCAUCGCGCUCAACGGCCAGGAGCUGCCUCUCAACACCAGGGCGCGCCGGGCCCACGCCGUGCUGGAGGACAUCGUGGACGUGUCCCCGGGCUGCGCGCUCGCUCCCGCCGAGAGCUGCUCCAGCAACCCGUGCACCAACGGAGGGAGCUGCACGUCGCUGCCCAACGGAGGCUACUUCUGCAAGUGUCCCGCCUCCUUCAUGGGCACGCACUGUGAGAUCGCAAUAAGCCCCUGUGCGUCCAACCCCUGCCUGUACGGCGGCACCUGCGUGCCUCGUGCCGAUGACUUCUACUGCCAGUGCAGAGGGCAGUACUCAGGACAGAGGUGCCAGCUGGGACCUUAUUGUAGGGACAACCCCUGUAAAAACAGUGGCAAGUGUAUCGAUAGCCUGGACGGUCCGGUGUGUGAGUGUGAACCAGGAUUCCAGGGAGACCGGUGUCUGACUGACGUUGACGAGUGCAUCAAGAACCCGUGCGCCAACGGCGGCCAGUGCCAGAACACCUACGGCUCCUACAAGUGCAACUGCUCGCUGGGCUUCAACGGUCAGCUGUGCGAACUCCACGCCGAAGUCCGCAACGAACUGGUCUCCACUGCCUGGAACAUCGGCAUGGAGGAGGUGAUCGGGAUCGUGGUCUUCGUGUCCAGCAUCUUCAUACUGGUCCUCCUCUUCAUCAUCAUCCGCAAGAAGGCGUGCCGCGGCCGGUCCAAGAGCGACGACGACGACAAGCGUCCGGGCGGCUCCAACGUGCCUCACUCCUUCCUGCAGAGGCCUUACUUCGACGCCAAGCUCAACAAGAACAUCUACUCGGACAUCCCGCCCCAGGUGCCCGUCCGCCCCAUCUCCUACACUCCCAGCAUUCCCAGCGACUCCAGGAACAACCUGGACAGGAACUCCUUUGAGGGCUCGGCCAUCCCGGAGCACCCCGAGUUCAGCACCUUCAACCCGGACUCCGUGCACGGGCACCGCAAGACGGUGGCCGUGUGCAGCGUGGCGCCCAACCUGCCGCCGCCGCCGCCCUCCAACUCCGUCUCAGACAGCGACUCCAUCCAGAAGCCCAACUGGGACUACGACUACGACGCGAAAGUGGUGGAUUUGGACUCGUGCCUGACCAAGAAGCCGGUGGAGGAGAGCGCCUGUCAUCCGUACAACACCAGAGGCAGCAUGUCUGAGGUCCAGUCCCUCAGCUCCUUCCAGUCCGAGUCCUGCGACGACAACGGAUAUCACUGGGACACAUCUGAUUGGAUGCCGAGUGUUCAACUUCCUGGAAUCCAGGAGUUUCCUCAGUAUGAGGUUGUGGAGUCGCCCGCUCCUCUGUACAGCGACCCGAGCGCCAUCGACACCGAUUACUACCCUGGCGGCUUUGACAUAGAGAGCGACUUCCCGCCGCCGCCUGAGGACUUCCCCGCCAACGACGACCUGCCGCCGCCGCCCCUGCCGGAGUACGGCGACACGCUGCGGCCCCUCGGCAGAGACUUGGACCCGCCCGCCGCCGGUCCGGGCGGCGUCCGGCAGCGCCCGGCCCUGCCCCAGCUCUACAGCCUUAACCAGUAUCUGCCGCAGCACUCCUACCCGAGCGACGGCGGCGACGCGGAGGGGCCGGGUGCCAGUUCCACCUCCGCCACCGUCACCCCGGCGUCCACCAUGGGCGCGGGCGGCUACAGAGGCGCCUUCCCUCUCGGGUGCAGCCGGGACUUUGAUUCCUCGGCCCUGGACAACAUGUCCAUGUCUCUGUACACGUCCACAGCCUCGUGCUCGGACAUGUCGGCGUGCUGCGAGGAGUCCGAGGUCAUGAUCAGCGACUACGAGAGCGGCGACGAGGGCCACUUUGAGCGGCUGGCCAUCCCGGCGCUGGACUCCCAACAGCACACUGAAGUCUGACACUGGAUCCAAACAAAAGUGCCUGAACCUACAGCUACACCUUACCCAUCGUCCGCCAUCGCCCUCACCAAACACACACACAGACACACACACACACACACACAGACACACACACACACACACACACACACACACACACAAAAUAAAAAAGAUGUGCAAACACACAGGGGGUUGUUGAGACUGGUCGAGACGGCCCGGAGAAGCCGCAGGAGCAACUGGGCGUCCUCUUCGCGUCUCCUCGGUCCGACUCCUGCCCCUCUGAGUCGACGGCGCCAUCGCUUUACGUGACUGUCAUCACACACAGGAAACGGACUGUGUGAAGCAUCAACAUUUCAGUGUGCAACAGGA